CAAGUUUGUUAGAAUCAAAUUCAAUGAUAUUUCAUACUGGCACGAAUUCAAUGAAGCUCCAUAUUUGAAAACCCAAUAUGAAUUUCGGCUGAGAUGAUUAGGAAUCAUAAAUAAAAUAUAGAGAGAGAGAGAGAGAGAGGGAAGGAGGGAGGGAGAGAGGUGGCUCACCAUUUGCGGGAGAUUUUACCAUAAACGAUGACGCGUGACCUUCUUGUGAGGAAAGGGGCGAUUUCAGCACAUGAUGCAUUCUUUUAAACCGAACUUCAUUGGAGACUAACCGGAAAAGCUUGGGAGAUUGGUCUCCCACUCUCCCCAACACACAUCACGUGGAAAACUGAGGCUAGGGUUCAUUUUUUGAGCAUUGAUUCCGGUAAUUUCUUAUUAAUCAGGUACCAUUACAGUGCUCGAAACUAGCUAUCAUUAAUUCCCCCUUAACUUUUUUCUUGGCCUUUAUAAACGGAUCCAUGACGGUGGAAGAAGAGGAAGAAGGAGGUGAAACACUGGAAGGGGAUAAUGAAACACUGGAAGGGGAUAAUGGGUUGGAGGAUUCCGAUAUGGUGGAAGAAAUUCAAAGAGUGAUUGAAUCGGUAGCUCAGUUUGGGGAAUAUCGGAAGGCUCACCGAAAAGAAUGUCAUAAUCUUGCGAGGCGGAUGAAAAUCUUGUUGCCACUAGUCGAAGAAAUUCGGGACAUGGGUCCGCACAUUCCAGAGAAAGGCAUAACUUGGUUGAAGGGUUUGAAGGAUGCUCUCCUUUUUGCGAAGAAAUUGCUGAAAAUGUGUAGCGAGGGAAGCAAGAUUCACCUGGCGUUCGAGAGCGAAGCGGUUAUGUCCAAUUUUCGAUCUGCCAACGAAAAAUUAAGCCGAGCGUUCGACGGUUUCCCUGGUGAAGAAUUAGAAAUAUCAGAUGAAUUGAAGGAAAAGCUUAAGCUAAUGUGCGUCCAACUCAGGCGGGCAAAGAGGCGAAAGGAUACACAAGACAUAGAACUGGCAAUGGAUAUGAUAGCUGCAUUUUCCAAAGAUGACAGCCGAAAUGCUGAUAGCGCUAUCAUCGAGAGGCUUGGACAAAAGCUCGAGCUUCAUACUGUCGAGGAUCUUAUGGAAACUGUUGCUGUAAGGAACCUUGUCCGAGAAAGAAAAGGCAAGCAUGCAGAGAGUACCCAGCAAAUAAUUGACCUUCUUAAGAAAUUCAAACAAGCUGCUGGCAUGGAAGACACAGAUGUUCUUGAUGAACCUAUCAUGCCCAGAAUCAUUGAUAAGUGCGCAUCUUUGGUCAUCCCUCAAGAAUUUCUCUGCCCAAUCACCCUAGAAAUCAUGACAGAUCCUGUUAUCAUCGCGAGCGGACAGACAUGUGAAAGGGAAAGCAUAGAGAAGUGGUUCGAGUCUAAUCGUAAUACUUGCCCGAAGACGAGACAAACUUUGGCUCACCUGUCAUUGGCACCAAAUGAAGCUCUAAAAAAUUUGAUUUCCGUUUGGUGCGAGGAAAACAACUUUGAGCUCCCUAAAAAAGAAAGUUGUUGGAGUGAAGAAGGUUGCUUAGUGGAUCCGAAAGAAGAAAUACUGGCUUUGGUAGGGGACCUAUCGUCUGUUCAGUUAGAAGUGCAGAGAUAGGCAGUGAAGAAGAUACGCAUGAUGUCAAAGGAGAAUUCUGGGAGCAGGGUUUUGGUGGCGGAGAACGGGGGAAUAGCGCCGUUGGUGCAACUGCUGUCGUAUCCAGAUUCAAAAAUACAGGAGAACGCGGUGACAGCGCUUUUAAAUCUAUCAAUUGACGAGGGCAACAAGGUACUGGUAUGCAGAGAAGGAGCGAUUCCGGCUAUUAUAGAAGUAUUGCCCAAAGAAAACUCUGCAGCAGCUCUAUUCAGCCUGUCAAUGUUGGAUGAGAAUAAAGAAAUUGUGGGCCUCUCAAACGGCAUUCCCCCUCUAGUAGACUUACUGUGGAACGGGACAGGGAGAGGGAAGAAGGAUGCCAUCACGGCUCUGUUCGGUUUAUCUAUGAACCACACAAACAAGGGAAGGGCCAUCAGGGCAGGCGUAGCGGCCCCUUUACUCCAAUUGCUCAGGGACACCAACUUGGGAAUGAUUGACGAGGCCCUCUCCAUCCUCUUACUUCUUGCCUCCAGCCCUGAGGGACGACAAGAGCUGGGACAGCUCCCUUUCAUCCAAACUCUCGUCGACUUCAUAAACAAGGAAUAUGCAUUGUGCGUUCUCCUUGACUUGGCUUCCUAUAACUCUAACCUCAUUCUUGCUGCUCUCCAGUUUGGUGUCUAUGAGCACUUGAUUGGCAUCAAAGAAAGCGGAACAGCUCGAGCCAAGGGUAAAGUACAUGCGCUCUUGCACCUCAUGAGUAAGAGCGAGCAUAUUUAAUUCCCUUCUUCUAGGUAUCUGGGUUAAUCAAAACAAACUUCAUUCUCUUGCUGCAAUGUAAAACACAGUUGAAGAGUGUAGUUGAAUUUCUACAUUGAGAAGUAAAUCAUGUUAUUCAUAUU